AUGCUCUUGGGAGUUGUUCUCUACUCUCUUUCCACUCCUGCAGGAAGCGAGUUGCCGGUGUGUGCAAGCUGCGGCCAGAGGAUCUAUGAUGGCCAGUACCUCCAGGCCCUGAAUGCUGACUGGCAUGCAGACUGCUUCAGGUGUUGUGAGUGCAGCGCCUCCCUCUCACACCAGUACUACGAGAAGGAUGGGCAGCUGUUCUGCAAGAAGGACUACUGGGCCCGCUACGGCGAGUCUUGCCAUGGGUGCUCUGAACACAUCACCAAGGGGCUGGUCAUGGUGGCGGGGGAGCUGAAGUACCACCCCGAGUGCUUCAUCUGCCUCACAUGCGGGACUUUCAUCGGUGACGGGGACACCUACACGCUGGUGGAGCACUCCAAGCUGUACUGUGGGCACUGCUACUACCAGACCGUGGUGACCCCCGUCAUCGAGCAGAUCCUGCCCGACUCCCCCGGCUCCCACCUGCCCCACACAGUAACUCUAGUAUCCAUCCCAGCCUCCACGCACGGCAAACGUGGUCUCUCGGUCUCCAUCGACCCACCUCAUGGCCCACCAGGCUGCGGCACAGAGCACUCCCAUACUGUUCGCGUCCAGGGAGUGGACCCAGGCUGCAUGAGUCCAGAUGUGAAGAAUUCCAUCCAUGUCGGAGACCGGAUCCUGGAGAUCAAUGGCACUCCCAUCCGGAAUGUGCCCCUGGACGAGAUUGAUCUGCUGAUCCAGGAAACCAGCCGUCUGCUCCAGCUGACUCUUGAGCAUGACCCGCACGACACAUUGGGCCAUGGGCCAGAACCUGGGCCCAGCCCUCUGGCCUCCCCAGCUCACACUCCCAGUGGGGAGGCUGGCAGCUCUGGCCGCCAGAAGCCCAUCCUGAGGAGCUGCAGCAUCGACAGGUCUCCAGGUGCCGGCUCGCUGAACUCCCCGGCCUCCCAGCGCAAGGACCUGGGUCGCUCCGAAUCCCUCCGUGUGGUCUGCCGACCGCACCGCAUCUUCCGGCCUUCAGACCUCAUCCAUGGGGAAGUGCUGGGCAAGGGAUGCUUCGGCCAGGCCAUCAAGGUGACGCACAGGGAGACGGGCGAGGUGAUGGUGAUGAAGGAGCUGAUCCGGUUUGACGAGGAGACACAGAGGACAUUCCUCAAGGAGGUGAAGGUCAUGCGGUGCCUGGAGCACCCCAAUGUGCUCAAGUUCAUCGGGGUGCUGUACAAGGACAAGAGGCUCAACUUCAUCACUGAGUACAUCAAGGGUGGCACGCUCCGUGGCAUCAUCAAGAGCAUGGACAGCCAGUACCCCUGGAGUCAGAGGGUGAGCUUCGCCAAGGACAUCGCUUCAGGGAUGGCCUACCUCCACUCCAUGAACAUCAUCCAUCGGGACCUCAACUCCCACAACUGCCUGGUCCGAGAGAACAAGAACGUGGUGGUGGCCGACUUUGGGCUGGCUCGGCUCAUGGUGGAAGAAAAGACAAAGCCCGAUGACCUGCGAAGCCUCAAGAAGCCAGACCGCAAGAAGCGGUACACGGUGGUGGGCAACCCCUACUGGAUGGCGCCUGAGAUGAUCAACGGCCGAAGCUAUGAUGAGAAGGUGGAUGUGUUUUCCUUUGGAAUCGUCCUGUGCGAGAUCAUUGGGCGUGUGAAUGCCGACCCUGACUACCUGCCCCGCACCAUGGACUUUGGUCUCAAUGUCCGAGGCUUCCUGGACCGCUACUGUCCCCCAAACUGCCCUCCGAGCUUCUUUCCCAUCACCGUGCGCUGCUGUGACCUGGACCCUGAGAAGAGACCCUCCUUCAUAAAGCUGGAGCAGUGGCUGGAGACCCUCCGCAUGCACUUGGCCGGCCACCUGCCCCUGGGCACACAGCUGGAGCAGCUGGACAGGGGCUUCUGGGAGACUUACCGGCGUGGUGAGAGCGGACUGCCUGCCCACCCUGAGGUCCCUGACUGAGCCCGACCUGCCCAGCUGUCUGCGGCCCCACCUCCAGAGAAUCCACCCUACAACAGAUUCCUCUGCAGAAGGUGGCUGGGUGCAGCGCUCUCAGCCCGGAGCAGGCACCUGACCCCUCCUGAGCACCAGGCCCAGCCUCGCCUUCUCUUGCCCUGGGAGCCGCAGCUCCUGCUUUGUCUCUGUCCCUGGUCCUGAGCUGGUCCAGCUGCACACACACCAUCACCUCGCCCUGCCUUACCUCUGUCCUGGCGGGGCCGCCCGCCUCUCGCUACUCCUUGCAUGAGCUGGAGGGCCCCUGUGAGUUGUGUCCCAUGCCACGCCCCACCGUCCUGUGCACGCUCCACCAUCUGCAGGGCCUGCGGGGGCAGCUGGAGGACUCCUCAGACCAGGUCCCUCCCGAAGGGGGCGGGGUGUCACACAGCAGAGGCCAUAUUCCCAGGAGCCAGAUGGGGAGUCUGGUCCUGUUAUGUCCCAGGUAGUGCCCAGGUAACUGCAGGUAUUGGUACCCCCAGUACAGAGAGAGGUCUGCUCCUGUGGGGAGAGAGCCCCUGAGGCCAGGGAGCAGCCCUCUCUUGCUCUGGGUCAUUUGUUUCUUUAGUGAAGCCACUUUAGUCAGAAGCAGGGCCCAGAGUGAGGAGCGGGGAGCUGUGGCCUGCUGCAGGGGAGCAGCGAGGUCGGGCAGAGCAGACAGGCACGUCCACCAGCAUCCAGCCCCUGAAGUUCAUCUCAGUGCCCCUCCCAGGCCUCUCCUGAGGCUUCCUGCCGGUGGCUGGAGCUGCCCCGCGCCCCCUCCCCAGUGUCCCUCUGUCCUCUGGGUUCUUUCUGUGUAAUCUAUUUUUUAAGAAGAGUUUGUAUUAUUUUUUCAUAUGGCUGCAGCAGCAGCUGCCUGGGGCUUGGGGUUUUAUUUUUUUGGCGGGCGGGGGCGGGAGGGCCAUUUUGUCACUUUGCCUCAGUUGAGCAUCUAGGAAGUAUUAAAACUGUGAAGCCUUCUCAGUGCACUUUGAACCUGGAAAACAAUUUUAAACAGGCCAUGGGACAACCACUCAGGGAGGUGGGACGGUCCCCUCCACCCAGGAAUCGUGAUGUCUACGAACAAAACCCAGACUCAGAACAAUAAAUAAAUUCUGUAAUCCCCACCCAGACCCCAUGUUGCAUGUGUGUCCCAGGGCCUCGUAAAAAUAGGGCAAGAAGGGAACCUGGGACCAGAAGCCUGUGGGGAGGGGCAGGGGACACCCAGGACAGGAGAGUCUGACCUCAGCCGAGUUUUGUGUAGUGCAGGU